GGCGGGGUUCACCGCUUGCCGGGUCGGCCUUUCAGUCUGGUGGCAGCCCAGGCGGGAGAACGAACGAACGAGCGAGCGAGCAAGCGAGAGGCUGGGGACCGGCCGCUAAACAGCGACCAUCGGCAUGUUCAGUUGGCUGAAGCAGAGCGGGCGCCAAAAGCCUGGCGAAAGCGAGGACGUGGUGGAAACGGUGACCGGCGGUUUGAAGGAGCUUUACGCGAAGAAGCUGCUUCCGCUGGAGGAGCAUUACCGCUUUCAUGAGUUCCACUCGCCCGCCCUGGAGGACGCAGACUUCGACAACAAGCCCAUGGUGCUUCUCGUGGGUCAGUACAGCACCGGGAAGACCACUUUUAUCAGGUACCUCUUAGAGCAAGAUUUUCCAGGCAUGCGAAUUGGCCCUGAACCAACUACAGAUUCUUUUAUUGCCGUCAUGUAUGGAGAUACUGAAGGGAGUACUCCAGGAAACGCUCUUGUGGUGGAUCCCAAAAAGCCAUUCCGCAAACUCAGCCGUUUUGGAAAUGCAUUCUUGAAUAGGUUCAUGUGUGCUCAAUUACCCAAUCAGGUUCUGAAGAGUAUCAGCAUCAUAGAUAGCCCUGGCAUUCUUUCAGGAGAGAAACAACGCAUCAGUAGAGGUUACGACUUCUGUCAUGUCCUGCAGUGGUUUGCUGAGCGGGUUGAUCGUAUCAUCCUUUUAUUUGAUGCCCAUAAACUUGAUAUUUCUGAUGAAUUCUCAGAAGCAAUCAAGGCCUUCCGGGGUCAGGAUGACAAGAUACGGGUGGUGUUGAAUAAGGCUGACCAAGUGGACACCCAGCAGUUAAUGAGAGUAUAUGGUGCACUCAUGUGGUCCUUAGGCAAAGUAAUUAAUACUCCAGAGGUAUUGCGAGUUUACAUUGGUUCUUUUUGGGCCCAGCCCCUGCAAAACACAGAGAAUCGAAAAUUGUUUGAGGUAGAGGCACAAGAUCUUUUCCAAGACAUUCAGAAUCUUCCACAAAAAGCAACAGUGAGAAAACUGAAUGAUCUGAUCAAGAGGUCACGGCUUGCAAAGGUGCAUGCUUAUAUAAUCAGCUAUUUGAAAAAAGAAAUGCCUUCAGUAUUUGGAAAAGAAAAUAAAAAGAGGGAAUUGAUCGACAAAUUACCUGAAAUUUAUCGUCAGCUACAGCAGGAGUAUCAGAUUUCAUCAGGAGAUUUCCCCGAAGUCAAGAAAAUGCAGGAACAAUUGGAGAACUAUGACUUCACUAAAUUCCAUUCACUGAGACCAAAACUGAUAGAAGCCGUCGAUAACAUGCUGGCCAGUAAAGUGGCUUAUUUAAUGACUCUGGUUACACAGGAAGAACGUAACAUGCCAGUACAAAAGGUGCAAGGUGGGGCAUUUGAUGGCACCACAGCAGGACCAUUUGACCAUGGCUAUGGGGAAGGUGCCAAGGAAGGAGCUGAUGAGGAGGAAUGGGUUGUUGCCAAAGAUAAACCCACAUACGAUGAAAUCUUUUACACUCUCUCACCAGUCAAUGGUAGAAUCUCGGGGGCCAAUGCAAAGAAAGAUAUGCUGACCUCCAAACUGCCAAACAGUGUCUUGGGAAAAAUCUGGAAACUUGCUGACUGUGAUAACGAUGGCAUGUUGGACGAAGAGGAAUUUGCAUUAGCAAAGCAUCUCAUCAAGAUAAAAUUGGAGGGAUAUGAACUUCCUAAUGUCUUGCCCAUCCACUUGGUACCCCCAUCCCAUAGAAAAAAUGUGCGUGGAAUAGAGCGGUAAAAUGAAUUGUGAAAAAGUCAAACACACAAAAUGGUGAAAACUGUUACAUAGAAAAACGUGCAAGAAUCCUUUUAGCCCACUUGAAAGUAUAUUAAUCUGCCAAUAUUUUCAGAGCCAUAUCAAAUUUUAAAUUUGUCCUAAAGCAAAAUCGCUUUUGCAUUCUUUAAAAAAAAAAAAAGCACACAGAGCAUAAUUGGCAAUGAGAAACUAUAAUUAGUCAGGGUAUCCAUGUAUGCACAUUUGUGUCCCUAUAGAAAUUAUUUCUGAUUUUUAAAAUAUACAUGAAUUAGAUGCAAUAUUCUUUGUAAGUUAUAGGAACCAGCAAUGUAGAGCACCAGUUAACUUUUAUGAAUAGAUAUAGAAACCCUCUUGCACAAAAAUAUUUUGUCGAAAGUGCCUUUUAAAUCUCUUUUUGCAAAUAUUAAAUGGGUUAAGGAGAAAUAUUUCCAUUAAAUUUACAGUCACAUUGAUGAAAUAGGAUUAGGUAGGUGUAAAAUAAAUUCAGAUAUUUAAAUAAUAAAAGACAAAACCUAAGGCCUUUACAAAAUUUUAAAUCAAUUCUCUUCCAAGAGCCAUUGUUUUUUUUUCUAUUUGAAAUAUAUUUGAAAUAUUUUUAUGAUAUUCCAAAAUCAAACUAUGUUUCUUAGAUUACGUUUUUAGCCUAAAAGAAUGCAUUUCAGUGCAGCUUUGUUGUUUUAAUCAAAUAUUUAAGAACAUGUUUUAGUUUAAAAUUUAUGAACAAAUAGUUCACUGGGAAAAAGGAAAAAAAUGGUAUGCAAAAAAAUAAGUGUUUUAAUGAAUACUAACUUCAUUUGAGAAAAUUGGUGAAAUAUAAUUAAGAAAUACUUAUUUCAGUUGAUUGUGAUCAGUAAUUGUUGAAAUUAUCCAAAUUAUUGUAAAUAAGAUAUAAAAUAUCAGUUUUGUAGGAUUAGAUUCAAAGUUUCAGCAUUUUGUUUCCAGCCAGAUUUUCCAGAAACUUCAUAAAUGGGACAUGAAUGCAUUACAGUACCUUUCCCUGUUCUCAGCAUUUGGUGAUUAGAGAUAUACUAUCUCAGAAUGUGGAGGUUCCAUUUAAUAUCAUAGCUGAUAAGUUGUGAUAAAAUUGGUCUCUGUGCAUUUUAUUUUUUACUUUAUAAAGUCAUUUAAGAGGAGGCUAUUACCAAAUAUUGUGGUCAGAUCCUAAUAGGUUAGAGGUAAUUGAUACUUUUUAAUUAGCUAUAAAUCUGCAGGGUACUUUAUGUACAAAUAUAGUUUUCAAAAUUACACAUUCUGAGAAUUCAGUUUCAUAAAAAUAAAACUUGCUGACCAUGUACCAAUAUUCUUUGCAGUGUUACCAUGCAUAAAUGAAAGGUAUGCUUACUGAAAGUGAAUUACGUAUGGGGCAAGUAAAACUGUUUUGAUAUUCU